CCGCGGUCCCACGCUCCCCCUUCCUCCUGUGCUACGGACAGGAGCGAACGAGCUAGCGAGCGACGGAGGUGAGAGAGCAGGAGGUCGGCCCCCCCAUGCUGAUCCCGGCCAGCUGUUGAGGGGUCCCCGCGUAGGCGAAGAGAGGAGAAGCCACCGGCCCAGGCCAGCCUCCAUCAGAGACCCAAGCCACCUCCCUCGGGAUGCAGGAGGAACAGCCCCAGGAGCCUGCGGAAGAGCCGGCCCCUUUGACUGGGGCGUCGGAAUGCGGCCCCUCAGAAGUCUCCGGUGACUCCCAGAAUCUCUCUGACGUGGAUGCUUUUAAGAUCCUUUUGGAGAUGAAAAUGAAGAAGAGACAAAAGCAGCCCAGUCUGCCAGGUACCGUCACCGAAUUGGUUACGGAAGAAGGGAGUAAGGUGUAUGUGGUUGGCACGGCUCACUUCAGUGAUGACAGCAAGCGAGAUGUAGUGAAGACCAUCCAGGAGGUGCAGCCAGAUGUGGUCGUGGUGGAGCUUUGCCAGUACAGAGUUUCCAUGUUGAAGAUGGAUGAGAAGACGCUGCUGAAGGAGGCCAAGGAAAUCAACUUGGAAAAGCUCCAACAAGCCGUAAAGCAGAAUGGAGUCAUGUCAGGCCUGAUGCAGAUGCUCCUUCUGAAGGUCUCUGCCCACAUCACAGAGCAACUGGGGAUGGCCCCUGGGGGCGAAUUCAGAGAGGCUUUCAAGGAGGCCAGUAAAGUACCUUUCUGCAAGUUCCACCUGGGCGACAGACCUAUCCCAGUGACCUUCAAGAGAGCCAUUGCAGCCCUUUCCUUCUGGCAGAAGGUGAAGCUGGCCUGGGGGCUGUGCUUCCUCUCCGACCCCAUCAGUAGGGAUGAUGUAGAGAAGUGUAAGCAGAAGGAUUUGCUGGAGCAGAUGAUGGCGGAGAUGAUUGGCGAGUUUCCUGACCUCCAUCGGACCAUUGUCUCAGAAAGAGACAUCUACCUGACAUACAUGCUGCGACAGGCUGCCAAGAAGCUGGAGCUGCCUCGGGCUUCCGAAGCUGAGCCCAGGAAAAGCGUCCCUUCCGUGGUGGUCGGAGUGGUGGGAAUGGGCCACGUCCCCGGCAUCGAGAAAAACUGGAGCACAGACUUAAACAUCCAGGAGAUUAUGAGCGUUCCUCCCCCAUCCAUCUCUAGCAAAGUGUCCAGGUUUGUCGUGAAAGCUACGUUCUUUGGAUUGAUGUGCUACGGCUUCUACCGGGUGGGAAAACGGACGAUCACCCUAAUCCUGUCCAUGACAGCCGCACAGUCGUGUCUCCAGAGACUGGCUGAGAUCAGACCUCAGAAAUAAGGCGGCAGCGGCAGACAAAGCCAGGCGGGCAGCAACCAAAAACCAGAAUGGGUGCUAACAGCCACACACACGCAGGGCCUGCAGGAGCGGGCAGGGCUGGGGGACUGGGGCCGGGGCCUGGCGGUGCAGCCUUGAGAGUGGAUCUUCUGGCUUGGGCUCCUUCCCCCAAAGGGUCUCUGGUGGUGGGUUCCUGCUGAGUGGUGCAGGGACAGCUAUGGACUGUGUUGGUAUCAUGAUACCUUUGUUAGUUCUUGGUGCCAAGCACCUAUAGGAUAAGACAAUUUAAUGAUCAUCUUGUUACGGGGAGAAUUUUAUAUCAGUCAUCAUUGUCUCUGUGUGUGUGUGUGUGUGUGUUGGGGGGUGGGGUGGGAUUCUGUUUUAAAAGUUCCUUGUUUCUCAUGCCUGUUAGCUGCAGACUUGACUGUGUCCCACGUGCCCAUCCGUGCCCUCCCCAUGGACCCCUCCUCCGCAGUGGCCUUCAGCCCUGGCCCCAUAGCUCCUCGUCCCCCAUUGCCCAGCAGCAGGGCCCCCUCUCUCCGUGUUUACAAAGGCUGGCCAUGAGGGAGGUCCAAGCAGGUCAUUGGGAACAACUCGGGGAAGGCUGAACCAGGCCUUCCCCAGACACAACUUUCUCCCUGUGAGGCUUUAUUUUUUGAAAAUCUCCUUUCCAGACUAAUCAGCAGGAGGUGGGUUGAUUUUUUUUGGCUUGGGGAGUUUAGUGGUGUAGUCAGGAACCAGCUGCUCCAUUGCUGGAGGGUUCGUGGGUUUUACCUCCAGGGCUGUUGCCUUGGGUCCAUCCAGGAAGCCUGUGCUUCAGCCCCUGGGCUGCUUUGCUCUGCCCCUUAACAUGCCUGGCUUCUCUCCAAAUAAUGUUCUGGAAUGCAAGGGUCCCAGUGCCCCCACCCCAUUGAGACCCAGAGGGCUGUGGCUAGUACUCCCUGCCACAGGAGACUUCCUUAGUGGCCUCCCAGUGCACUCUCUGGGCCCCCUUACCCAGCCCGCUGGCUCUGACUCAUCCACUUACCUUGAGAUUUGGGAGGGUCACUCAGUCAUCUCUUGCCAUUAGAAAGCACCGAGUCAGGCCCCCAGCCUGCACGUGCAGGUGUGCCUUCGGCCAGCCCCUGCUGGUACCAGCUGCUGGGGAGCAGCUUUAGGGGCCCAACCAGGAGGCCCGGUCUCUGCUUCGCCUUUUUGGGGUUUUUUGGUUCUUGCUUUUUUUUUUUUUUUAAAGCUAUUUCUAGCUUGUAUAGUUGUGUGUUCUGCUUUUAAAAAUCUGAUAAAACCUCUGCUCAGGUAAUUUUAAUUAAAAAGAAAACUAAUUAAAUGUCAGACAAGCCUUAAGCUCGGUUAAGACAAACACUAGGCUUGUCUCCAAGCCUGUGGCCUGGUAGGAGGGAGGGGGUGGGCUGAGGCAGCUCCCAGGAAAUCUGGCCCUGGUGGGAGCUGGGACAAGAAAGGUUUGACGGCCAAGCAGCACAGGCAGUCAGGGGCUUCUCGUUUGGCUUAGAAGCUGGUUGGUUGGGCCUUUGGCUGCACCUGCCUCCCAUGUUUCCCCUCUCCAGUCCAUCCAUCCAUCCAUCCAUCCUUGUGUGAGAGCCUAUUGUCCUGGGGGCACAGCGGGUUCUCUCCUGCCCCAUGGGCCACUCAACCCAAGCUCUUACUGGGAACUGCCUGCUCCCAGCUUGGGUUCCUGUGCUUGGCAAUCAGAGAACAGCAGAGUGGGAGCCCUUGCCUCAAGACGCCCAGACCAGUCCAUGGCAAGGCCUUGAUGGAACAUGGUGUCUCUCACCUGAGUGUCCCUACCCCUAGCCAGGACUCGGUGUGGAGGCGGUAGAUGCUGCUGUCUUCCAGGGCCAAGCUGGGAACAUGGUCUUUUUGUAACCUCUGCCCCUGAGGCUGUCUACCUGCUUUGGCUCUGUGACUAAAAUUGGCUUGUCCUGUGUGCCCUGGGCCCAGAGGAUUCUGUGCUGAUGGUGCCCAUGCUGCUGCUGGGGGGAUGAGGGGCUGAGGGGAAAAGAAACUCAUUUCUCCCCCUUCCAUAAACAUUUAUUGAGCACCUAGUGUAUGCCAGGCACUGUACUGAGGCAGCAGAGUAGUUGCUGCCCUCAUGGAGUUCCCCUCUCCGUUCCAGCCCUGGCUGCCCACCCUCCACCCUCAUCAUCUCCCUGUGUAGAGCAGCCUGCUUUUAUGACUGUUUACAAAAUGCUAUAGAGAUAAAAUAAUGCAAUGGGCCAGAAUCUGGCUAUUGACCCACUUUCCUGACUCAGUGUUGAACCAAAUCGGAUUAAAUGUAACCAGUUGGAGAAUGUUUCCCCAAAGUGUCAUGGAAGACCGUGGGCCAGCCUGGUGGGCAGAGCCAGCCCGGCCACUCUGGAGGCUUGGACCCUCUCGAGGCAAAGCACCACGGUUUCUUAAGUGCCAGGCUGUAGUUACAGGCUACAGCUCUCUCAAUCAUGUCCUUCAUGUAAUUCAGAGAUUUGUGGUUUCCUUGUGAAAUUAAAAUAAACUUUAAUUUUAGAAGAUGGUGUUUCAUUGACUUUAUUUAAACAGGACUGUCAGAAUAGAGGUAUUGGAGCUGAGAGAGGCCAGUUUGUGGGAUGGGAAGGGAAGGGAAGAGCCCCUGACCUCAGGGCACUCAGCAUUUCGGGACCACAGAGGAAACCUACCUGUGGAAUAAUUGAGAACUCUUAUGUCCUGCAGGAGUCUCCAAACCCCUAGGAGGAGACAGGCCGUGAGCUGGGCCGGGUUUAGAUGGAUGGACAGGACAAAGGAGGGCUGUUCAGGUAGGUGAG